AAAUGUAAUAAGCUACCUCAAACAAAGUUUGGAAAAACAACGCCAAAUUCGUGCAAUUUUGGAAGGCAAGAGUUUGGAAAGAUGUGUAUAAUAACAUGUAACGAUGGAUUUAAAAUUAUAGGUCCAUCAGAAAAACGAUGUAUGAGUCAUGGUACAUGGAAUAGUAAAUUUGAGGAUACUUAUUGUAUAGAUGUAGUACCUCCGAAACUGGAAUGCCCACAAAAUAUAACUACAAAUACUUUAUUUGGAAAAAAGUAUGGACAGGUACACUGGCAACAUCCACAUGUAACAGAUAACUCUGGUCUCGAAGUUCUGGUAUGGGUUAAACCAGCAAUGAAUAAUAUAUCAGAUUUUAAAUUUCAAAUUGGUAAAACACCUGUGAUAUAUUUUGCACGAGAUGCUUUUCAUAAUACUGCAAAAUGUAGAUUCUUUGUUUUAGUUGAAGAUAAUGAAAUGCCAUUAAUAGAGAAUUGUGUAAAUCCUCCACCUUUUCUAACAGGCGACUCGAAUGGAUCUAAUAUUACUUGGGAAGAGCCUUACAUUUAUGAUAACUCACAGGAAGUUAAGGUAAAUAAAUACGAAAUAAAAUUAACCAGCAUUUAGAGUUUUUACGUGUUUCAAUAUGUUCAUAUCU